UUGACAACCUCCCCGUGCUUCUCUCUGGAUGCUUAUUCACUGCAAAGUGAAUUAGUAACUAAUGUCAAACGUUUUGAAAUUAAAUUAAUUAACUGGUUUUCAGCAUACUUAUAGAAUUAACAUUUUCAGGCUGUUGAAAAAUGGUGAACAACUGUGUUUGGUGUGGAAACAUUGAUGCCGCCAUGGAGUUUCUAUACACAAGUUUCGAUGGAUAUGGACGCAGUUCGUGCAACACCAUGGGUCACAAGUCUAUCAAGCUGUGUUCGAGGUUUUUUGGUUUCUGGAGACUUCUCGACACAACACUGAGGCUGUUUUGUGUGGAAACAUUGAGAUACAAACCACAACAUGCCAGGCCAACACAGCACAGCACUGCUACCUUCAACAGUGAUGUUAUCCCGAGUAGCAAUUUGAAGGUGCAACGUCUGUGUAUUUACACGGUGCUUAAAAGACCGUUCAUACACGGUGUGAGCACUGUGCAGCUUCAAUAA